UUAUAAAUAAGACAGAAACUAUUCAUUAGUGACCAUAUAAUUACAUAUCUUAAUUAUAUAGUGAUAAUAUAAAUGUAAUCUUAAAUUUAUAAUCAUAAGUAAACAUAAGAGAAUGAAUUUGUUAUCUUUGAAUUGUUUUCUCAUUGAUAAUGUAUGUCUUGUCUAUGCACCAGCAUUACUUUUGAUCAAUGUGUUUCUAUUGUAAAGAUCAUAUGUACAUAAUAAUGAAAUACUGAAAAUGAAAUAGAAGUGAUAAGUUUUAAAAGUUCUACCUGUACAUAUAUGUUAUUGAGUGGACAGUGAUCGCGAGGACAUCUUUAUAGCGUCUAUGAGUUAUUGUAAUCAUCAUGGCUUCAACGGAAUCCUUGGUAUGCGAUACGCUUGAUUUAAGCGGUCAAAAUCUUAAGAAGCUUGCUCGAUGUCCAUCGGAUGCUGAAAUCAGUACUUUAAUCUUAGAUGAUAAUGAGCUUCAACGUCUUGAUAAUCUUGACUCAUAUCACAGAAUUAAUAAGCUUUCAAUAGUAAGAAACCAAUUACUACGAAUGUAUGGCGUAUCCAAAUUACAUAAUCUUGUAACGCUUAAUUUAGCUAAUAAUGGUAUAUUAACGAUAGAGGGUAUCAAAGAAAUGAUUAACUUACAAACAUUGUGUUUAGCAGGUAAUAAUAUAAAGUCUAUUGAACAUUUACAUUCAAAUACGAAGUUGGAACAUCUAGACUUAUCUGAAAAUAGUAUCAGUCACAUUUCUGAUAUUUCAUAUUUGCGUAAUCUUAAGGAACUUUUCUUGCAUAAUAAUCGCAUAAUCACGUUAAGGCAAUGCGAGCGCUAUUUACCUACCUCAUUAGAAACAUUUACAUUAGCAAAUAACAGCAUUACAGAUUUGAAUGAAAUGUCUCAUUUAGCUAAUUUAAAGAAUUUGGUCAACUUUUCAAUUGCUAAUAAUCCGUGUGUCAGUAUAACAGGUAAUAGUAUUGGAUUCGAUUAUCGUCCAUUUGUUAUCAAUUGGUGUAUGAGUCUCAAAUCAAUUGAUGGUUAUGCAGUGGAUCCUUUAGAAAGUUUGAAAGCAGAAUGGCUGUAUUCUCAAGGAAGAGGAAGACAAUUUCGUGUCGGUGAGCAUGCACUUCUUGCUCAGUAUUUAGCAUCCGUCUGUCCCCUUUCAGGGGAAUCUUUAGAGAAUGAUACUGACAGGAAACUUAGGCUAAUUUUGAGUAAAGCACAACAUCAUCAGCAACAACUCAGUCAACAGAGUGACACAGGAAGUGUACAUAGCUUAAGUAGCGUCGGAGUAACUCCUUCUCCUGCUGCUAGACGUAGACUUAAUCAUAACAGGACAAGUUCUCCAAGAAGGCCUAUUACACCAAUGUUGACAUACUAUGAAGAUAAAUGCUUACAAUCACCAAAAUUUUAUGAGGCUAAAUACUGUGUCUGCCAUUCACCUUGCAAAGAUUCAUCAAGAAAUUCUAUAAGAAUGAGGUCACCAGAUAGAAUGGUUUCCAGUUGCCAUACAGAUGCUAUGGUUUCUUCCUGUCAUCCUAUGUUUAGUAAUGAUCACGAAUCAUUGAUGACACAAAGUUUAGAUCCAAAUAUGCUUUGUAACACUUUAAAUAAUAAAACAAUUAAUAAUUCUGGAUUAGAAGAUAUGGAAGAAACGUCAAGUCCUUUACAAGCUGCUACAAAAUUGGUGCCGGUUCCAGAAUCUCUUAUGAGUCCAGAUUUUCGACCACCUUCAGGAUUAUCUAAAGUUUUACCUAAAACUCCACCAAGUAAAUUAAAUUCACCAUGUCAAAUAACUAUUCCUGCAAAAACUUCUACAGAUGGAGAUGCAAAAGCGAUUCCUAUAAUAAAUACGGUAAAUCCUAUGGCAAAAACGAAUCUUGGUGCUUUGAAAGCAAACGCACUUGUAAAGAGUAACUCUGCAACUAAUUGCUCUAUUGGAAAACCGAGUAUAGCCAAACCAAUUAUUACGAAUGCUAAUGGAAAAUGUCCUCACAGUGUGAAAAUCAACAAUUAUGUACAGAGCAAAACAUUACCUGUUAAACGUAGUUCGAAAGGUUCACCCUAUUUAGGAAGAAACAUACAAAGACCUAAAAGUGCAUGUGAUAGAAAUAAAUCUAGCUUAAUAAAACGAGGAAAAGACGGAGAUGGAGAUAACGCGGCACUUAGUAGUGACGAAGAUAGUGAAGUAUGUCAAGCAAAAUUGGAUAGCAUUAGAAGUAGAGCAAUACAAAGACGGCAAGAGGAUAGUAAUAAAGAUCAAGAUCGUACCGAGAAAGCAGCAAUUUGUAUUCAAAGAAUGUGGAGGGGCUAUCAUACUAGAAAUCUUAAUAAAAAAGCAACUACUAUACUAAAGUCUAUAGAAAUGAUGAGAACGAAUAAAUAUAUUCAAAAAUUAUCCACCGAUAUGGAAGCAACAAGAACUGCAUUGGAAAGCGAACAUAAACUACAAUUGCUGCAAAUGCAAGCUAUUAAUGCAUUAUGGAAAAAGGUUGUUAGCUUACAGCCGGGAGGUAAUCGCGAAAAUACGAGUAAUGAAAGCGAAACUACUGCACAACCGAAUGCAGAUGUCGUAACAAAUCUAGCGCAAACGUGUAAUUUAUUGCAUACACAGGUACAACAAUUACAAGAUUCAAUGUCAGAAAUAAGACGGUGUAUGUCAACUAUGCAACCGAAAACAAUACUAGUUGAUCAUGGAGUUGCAACUCAAACAGAAAUUUCAGCUGUUCAUACACCAGCUGGCGAAGAAAAUACAUUUCCUUACGCUAGACCUAAUAGACCUCAAUCUUUGCCAAUACAUCAAACAAUACAUGAGGGAAAUGAAAGCAAAAGCUUUGCGUCCAAUUUAGUAGAUAGUGUUCUUAAAAAAGUAUCUCAAUCGACCGAUACAACUGAUGACGAAGUAAACACCGAUAUUUUAAAUUCUAAUGAAAAUCAAGAAAUUCUUAAUUCUACUGAACAUCCAGAUAUGUUUAAGAGCUGUGAAGAAAUCGUAGAGCCAGAAUUCCGAGAUGUAGUAGUAGAUAGUAAAAUAACAAAUGAAUAUGAAGGAAUAAUUGAUAAUAACGAGAUCGGAGGUGAGGUUUGCGAAGAAACAUUGUGCAAGGAAUUGCAUAAUCUUAUUGAAACUGAAAAUUCGAUUCCAAAUGUAGCAGAUGAUGAAAAACAAAAUAAUACCAACGAUUUUCAAAAAGAAGCAUUAAAUGCUGAUUAAAUAUGAUUGAAUCGCUAGAAGCUCAUCCUAUAAUUGUAUGUCUCAAUAAUAAGCUACGAAAAGUGAAUUUAAUUUUUGGAAAAAUAUUGCUCUCUGUGCAAAAUGAUUGAUAAAUAUGAAAAAGAAAAUGAAUAUUGUAAAUAAUUGAGAAGAAAUGCUCCUAAUCUCGUAGCCUUAGUGACAUAUGAUAUGUGUAGUAGUAUUAUAAAAAUCGAUGUAUGUUCAGUAGCAGCGCUUUUUUUACCAUUUUUUAAAAAUGAUAAAAUACCGAUCAGGAAUUAAAAAGCUGCCACACAUCCUUUUAAAUAAUAUAAUUAACAUAGUUAAAGAAAAACUAAAAGUAUAUACUUAUAAGCAAUUAAUCGUUGAUCUGCAAGUUUAAUUGCACUUAUAAAAGCAAUUGAACAAAUUUGCCGUCCAUGUAUUUAAGUACAGGACAGUUUAUUGAUGUACAAAAUAAACAUUCCUAGCACUCGGUAUUAAAAAAAAAAAAAAAAAGAUCUCGUUUCUUUAAAAAGAAUUUAAUCGAAUAUCUGAUUGUACAGAAAAAAGCAAUUCUGCACAUUUGACAUUAUAAUGGUCAAUGCCAUUUGUCAAUUUUCCGAAAUAAUUAGCUAUUGUGUAUAUGAAGAUAGAAUUUUAAUUCAUAUGAACAUUUUUUAAUGCUAGAAAAUACCACAUAAUUAUAGAUUUAACAAAUUUAUAAUUAUAACUUAUUAAUUUAUUUAUUAUUUAUUUAAUAAUCGAUUCCAAUGAUAAUAACAAGUCAGUAAUAUUAUUAUAAACGAACUGAGUGAAUUGUCAGCUAGAUAGAGGCAUAAGACUUUUAUUCUCUAGUCAAUAGAACUUAUAGUUCGCAUAUUUAAACAUAUUACUUAUUAAUUAAUUAUAGAAUUGUUAUGUAGGUAUGCAUGUUAUACUGAAAAUUAACGAUCGAUAUUAUUAAACAAUAGAAUUAUAUUUUUAUUUUAAUAAUCUAGCAUUAAUACAGUUUUGCCUGUCUUCUGUACACCUUUCACGUGGUGAAUUGUAAGCACAUAAAUAUAAUAAUUACACACACACAAACACAAGCACUGCUUUUUCAAAAAACUAUAUACUCAGAAAGAGUGUAUAUAUGUUUGAAUAUUUCACUAAUCUCAUUUUUAUAUGCUGUGACCGCUUAUAAUUUACUGUAUUAAAAUUUAACAUAUUUAAGAUAUAAAAUAUUCAUUUAUACAAUGUGUUAUUAAUAGGUGAAAAAAUGUACAUGGAUUUGAAUAUCUAUAAAAUGAUAGAAUGUUACAAACAUCUUACUCGGUGAAACGUUUAUUAUUUUAUUUUAUUUAUAUUUUAUCUCUAUUAUAUUUAAUUAUGUUUUAUUAUUAUUAUAUAUUAGAAAUAAAAAACGUCUUCAUAUACAUCGUCGUAAAUAUUACAAGUAAUAUCAAUGUAAAGCAGCAGUGUGCGCCAUGUUAGAAUUACUCACUUGCUUUUCUAUGUUUUUCAUUGCAUGAUAUUAGUUCAUUAUACAAAUAUAAUCUAAUAUUUUAAUAUUCUGUCAGCAUUAAGUUGAAUAGAUACAAAUGAUCAAUCAAAGAACAAAAAAGUACAUGAAUUUAUAAAACAUA